AUGGCUGUCCUGAGGCCAUUGCUGGUGCAGCGUUUGGGCGAAAUUGCGCGGGUGCAAAGCCAAGGCAGUCGCUGGGAGUCGAAGUCCUUGGAGGUGCGCGACAACGACGAGGUGCUGGAAACUGAGGUGCCUGGCGUGUUGCUGGGGCAGCUGAAGCCCUUACUGAUCCGUCACUGGGAUUCUGGUUUCGAAGAACGUGGCCUCGGGUUUUUCAACGAAGUGGGUCAAUUUGUGAACUUGCGGAAGAUGAAGCACUUCAUCGCUGAGCUCUUGAAAUGGCGCUGCAAGCGGCAGGAGCUGGUGAGGAGUCAGGCCGUGAAGGCUUCUGCGGUGGACCAAGCCCUUGAGACUCGACUGAUCUUGGCAACCAGCACGAGGCACAAUGACAUGGUCCUGUGCUGCAGCUACUGCAGUGGGAGUGGUCUCAAAGGGUCCAUGUCGUCACCGAUGGCUUCAGCCCCGGCAGCCUCACCCAGCAAGACACAGGCAUCAAGCUUCAGCUCUUCCAGUGUUGUGGCUGAGGGGAAUUCACCUGAAGACGCGUCCUCACCCCAAGCGCCCAGCGGAUCCAAGUCCCUAGAGAAGGAGAGCCAGCGGCUUCGCAUUGAGAAUGCCGAGCUGAAGAAGAGGCUGCAGUUCGGUUCAGAGUUCCUGAAGCAGGAGAAUCGACGACUUCGAGUGGAGAACGCUGAGCUGAAGAAACGGCUCUACUUCGCAGGGCCCUACGCCCAGGGAGCUUCAACCACAUCGGUUCCCAUUUGGUUUCCGGUGCCUGUGAUGGCCUCUGGCUGCAGCGGCUGCGGCGCCACACCGGCUGGAGUUCAGCAAGCGACAGCAGAGCAGGUCUCACCACAUUCCGUGACACCUGGAUCUGUCACGCCCAUUCCACCGCGGAGCUUCUGGGUUCCAUUGCCGAGCAAUGUCAUGAGCCCCAGCGGGCAGCCAUGGCCGCAGGGUCAGCUGGUGGCCGUGCAGAUCAGCGGUCCAGCACAGACGCCUCCGUCCACAUACUCCGAGACUUCUCAGCAGGAAAACUUUCUUCCGCGCAACAUCCUCUCGGAUCCCACCACCGCCUCGCAGGUCUCCUCUAGUGCUUCGCCGGACCACGACUCCGGCUUUGCUGUUCCCUUCCAGACCGAUGACCGGUGGGUGUGCAUCCCCUCGGGCAUCGUCGAGCGGCAUAAGGCCCAGUUUGAGACACCAGCGAGUGGAGAUGAUCACGAGCACGGCGGAAACGCCCAGGUGCAGGCUGGCCAGCAUGCGGUGUGUGAGGAGGGUCGUCGUUAAGCGCUGACGCAAAAAGCUGUUGCAUCCCACUGACUCCCAGCAAGUGAUGCUUGGGCCUACGGAAGAAACGUCUCGAACCGUAGAUAUGGUAGGAGGCAGGGAUUGCACUUUCAGUGUGCCCUAUGACUUGGCUCACACCAUCCCAUACCCUUUCCAGGUGGUUCUGAAAUUUAACGGAGCAAUUUAAUGAGGUCUUCC